AUGGCCUUCUUCCAAGCUGCUUCCUGGCAUGAGGGAGAAGUCGCAAUUCAUAAACGAACUCGUGUCGGCGGCUAUGACAAUCCGACUUCACCAUUUCUCACCCCUCGGGCUGCAAGCAUGAUCCAACGGUACCCCAUGAUGGCUAUAGGAACGCUCGAUGAUGAUGGCAGGCCUUGGUGUACAGUCUGGGGCUCCGACCAUCUACCAAUCGCGCAGCCGGUGGCCCAGAGCGUCAUGGGUGUCCGCACUACCGUCGAUGCAAGCUUCGACCCCGUUGUCCAGGCAAUUUACAAAGGCAAGGAUGACGGAGAAGUGAUGCGAGAGGAGGGCAACGGGAGGCUAAUGGCCGGCCUUAGCAUUCAUCUUGAAGAAAGAGGGAGAGUCAAGGUGGCUGGGCAGGUCAUUGCCGGCGCUUUAACCGUGAACGACGCCGUUGCGGAUAGCAGUGAAUUAAAGGGCGAUCUGCAGUCAGGCAGAUCAGGCGAAGUCCAGCUCGUCGUCAAGAUCGACCAAAGUCUCGGAAAUUGUCCAAAGUAUCUCAACAAGAAGCACAUUGUUGCCGCUGAUCCCAAGCCAAGACUAUUGUCUUCUUCACCACACCUCACUCAAAAAGCAAUUGAUUUAGUGCAGAGUGCCGACCUGUUUUUCGUCACCUCCACGCACAAGCAUGAGGACAUGGACUGCAAUCACCGUGGCGGCCCUCCGGGUUUCAUCCGCGUGCAGCAGCCUACUAAUUCGGACGAAGGCAGCACUAUUGUGUGGCCGGAAUAUAGCGGGAACAAUCUUUAUCAAACACUCGGCAAUCUCGAAAGCACUCCUCAUGCGGGCCUGGUGAUCCCGGACUUCGAGACUGGUGAUGUUCUGUAUGUAACCGGGGACACCGAGACACUUGUCGGGGCCGCGGCGAGCAAAGUCAUCACAAAAAGCAAUCUUGCGGUAAGCUUGAAAGUGACCGCAGCGCGGCUAGUUGAGAACGGGUUGCCUUUCAGGGGCAGACUGAUGGACGAUGCGUCUCAAGGCCGCUCUCCCUAUAAUCCACGUGUGCGAUACUUGACCUCAGAAAAAACAGACGCUUUCGCGAAGACUGCUGGUGACGGACCACCUACCACCGCAAAACUCAUCAAGAAGACAAAGAUCACUCCAACUGUCACGCGAUAUCGCUUCGCGCUUGCUGAUCCUGGAGUAUUCGGCCCCUGGAAGCCAGGUCAGUACGUCGCAAUGGAUCUGGCAGCCGAGAUGGACAUGGGGUAUUCGCACAUGCGGGACGACGACCCUACCAGUCUGAAUGAUGAUUACAUUCGCACUUUUACCGUCUCAUCUAUCCCAAACUCGUUGGGCCUGCACGGGGAAGAAUUCGAAGUCACGGUCCGCAAAGUCGGCAACGUCACCAAAUGGCUAGAAUGGCAGCGCGAGGGUAUGUGUGAGAUCGGUAUUAGGGGCUUUGGCGGAGAAUUCGUGUUCGAACCCCACUCCAGGAAUGCCUUCAUCGCCGCUGGAAUUGGGAUCACGCCUUUGCUGGGACAGAUGGAAAGCCUGGAUCUCGACAAACUAAAGGUCAGUUGGAGCGUGGGGAUCCGUGACGUCGCCUUGCCUUUGGACAUCCUUACGCAAUAUCCCGGUCUGAAAGAUUCGCUUACAAUUUGUCUUACCGGCGACGAGUCCCUGUUGGACGGUGAGGGUGGAAAGGAGAAGGCGAAGCUGCAGGAGUUACUUGACACUGGUGUGCAGGUUCUGCGGAGGCGGGUCACAAAGGAGGAUUUGGUGGUUUGGGAAACAGAAGUGGACAAUUGGUAUCUAUGCACAGCGCCAGCGAUGAGGAAGAUUGUGCAGGAGUGGAUGCCAGGGACGACGAUUGUUUACGAGAACUUCGACUACUAA